AUUAAUUGUUUCUUGGACCGUGGGGGUUAAUCUGUAACCAUAAACAGAACUUUGCUUUCUACAAAUCUAUUAAUCUGUUAAGUGGCUUUAAAAAAAAAAAAAAAAAUCUUAUUCCCACUGUGUUUAUGACAAACCCAGGCUGUAUUUUUUGAAGCGCCGCUUGCCUUUGUUUAAAUCUCAAGAAAUAUGAGCCGUUGACAAGGGAGUGGUUUGUGCCAACUGCAGUACAAGUUAUUCAGUACUUGCUCUCAAACCUGCUGUAUGUUUCAGCUCUGAGACACGGGCUCCAUCCCGCAGAUGUUCCAGUUGUGCUGCGCAGCUUGAUCAGUGUGUGAGAGAAGAGAAGGUUUGGCUCCAAGCGGUGUGGUGUGUUGAUGCAUAACUCCUUCAACAUGUUGGAUCCAAGAGUGAGCGAGAACAGAGGAAACCAGAUUCUGUCAACGGCCACCGACUUCAGCCAAGAUUAUAAAGGCUUUCUCAUCACUGAUCCCAGGCCACCAGGAUACAUCCAAGCUAUGCAGAAGAAGAACACUGUGAAAGAGCUGCUAAAGAUGAAACGACAGGUUUACGAACAGGAAUGGAACUUCUCACAGGAGGGCACCAACACGGAGCAUGAAUUUAAAUGUGCAAAACUCGAACCCUUUGACAGUGAUGCGAGUCCUCACAUACUGAGCCCUCGUGCACCAGCGAGCCCCAAAUUUACCCCAAAUUUCCAUCCCGCUUCUUCUCAAAAUGGUCACAUUACCCCACAACAAAUGCAACAUCCAGCUCCGCAGGGACAAGCGGCCCCGACCACGGAGGUCAAAAUGUCUUUAUUUCACUGGCAAAUACAACAGGAGGCAAAGAGAGUCGGAGGAGUUUCCCCUGAGCUGCUGAACAAGCAAGACGCAGAUGGUGACACGUUUCUGCACAUCGCAGUGGCACAAGGUAGACGGGCUCUGGCGUAUGUGCUUGCUGCAAAAAUGGCCAGCUCUGGCUCUCUGGACACGAAAGAGCACAACGGACAGACGGCGCUUCACAUUGCAGCCACCACCAAUCAACACUUGAUUGCGCACGACCUGCUGGCGCACGGAGCACAAGUCAACACUCGUGACUUCUGGGGCCGAUCUCCUUUGCACGUGUGUGUCGAGAAAGGCCACUUUCUCAGUCUUCAGAGCAUCUGGAGGACCCUAACUGCGAGCGGGCGACCGAUCGACAUCGACGUUUUCAAUUACGACGGUUUAACCCCACUCCAUGUAGCGGUCCUGUCUCACAAUGCGGUCGUUAAAGAGCAGCGGUGUCUGGAAAAUCCUUGUACGUACAUGGCGGCGGAGCUGGUGCGGAGGAGACAGACGCUUGUCGAAUGUGUUAAGACUGUGCUGCUCAUGGGCGCCUCCCACGGGACCAAGGAUCUGAAAAGCGGACGGACUUGUCUUCACAUGGCUUCUGAGGAGGCGAAUGUGGAGCUGUUGCAACUUUUCCUCGACCGGCCGUCCGCGAUGACCAUUGUAAAUGUUAAGACAUUCAGCGGAAACACCGCCCUGCACAUCGUCAGUUGUUUGCAAAACCGCCAAACUCAAGUGGAAGCGGUGAAGCUGCUGAUGAGAAAAGGAGCCGACCCCGGGUCCAAAAACUUUGAAAAUGAGCUUCCCUCUCAGCUGGUGCCUGAAGGACCCAUUGGUGAAAAGGUGCGGAUGAUCCUGAAAGGAAAACGUGUUUGUGCUUAAAUGAAGCUCAGAAACACUGUCAGUCAGACAGUCCACUCUAUCUAAAUAUUAUUUGCCAAAACAAGGCAGAUGCAGGUUGUUUCAGUGAAACAUGCCACAUUGUUCAUUACCAUGUAGUGCUCAAAAGAAAGGGAAGCUAUGACUUGUGUUUUGCUGUAGAGUAAGUAAAUGUUUUCUAGAUAAAGCUCGCAAUCAUCAAUCAGGUGUCGGGAGGAAUCGCGGUUGUUUGGACAGAUUUCACUGUUAAUACCUUAAUACCUUAUGGGAUCAUUUGGGCUAUUUAAAAAUAUGCAGAGUUCACAUAUUAUAGGUUGUUUCUUUUUACUGCGGUGUCCAUACAGUCAUGUGUUUGGAAUAGAAAAUACCUGUACAUGUAUUUUCUUGACAUGUAAAAUAACGUAAGUCACGUUGACAUAAUUUUACUGCGAACAGGUUUGAGUGUGAUGUUAUGUCAUCAAAAUGUUUGUUUUAAGAGGUUUCAAUAUUGCACAUUUUGUACAUAUCUUUCAAAUGUAAAUUCUGUGUAGGCCGAGUCCAAAAUAAUGUAGAUCUUGUGGAAAGUCUCGAUAUAUUCCGGCCACGCCGUUUCACUACAUUUCAUUGUUAAAUAUACCGCAAGCCGUGCAUUAACUGUGUGUGUGAUUUUCAACUCAAUAAAUAGUCUCUUCACAAUGAAAAGUUUAACUUGAUUUUGAUGUUUUUCCCACACGUGUAAAAAUCGGUUUUGACAG